CCAUCGGGUAUCGACUGCUUGGUUGGUCGUUUCGGGUCGAGACAUGGACACGGUGACGGUUAGGUGGAUGGUUUUUUCUACACUACUUGCUAACUUUUUAUGUCAUUCCAAAUUCGUCCACGACAGCCAUCAUGGCUGGAGACAAGAGCACAUCGAGAACUUGAGAAAAAGGGUCUUCCGGUCCUAUGGCAAUGGGACGACGGUGGGACACGGAUAUUGGCGGAACAAUACGAAGGCGCAGUCUAUGACCCUCGCUUCCCUAAUUCGCCAUCAAGAUUCGGUGUCCGAAAACCCCAGCUUAACCAGAUCUUUCGUUAUAGGUGAGAUCAUUGCCAAAAACAGACGCUCCAAAUUUGGAAAAACCACCCACAAUAUCAACGUUGCAUUUAAUUUCGAUAAAUCGAUACCAUCUGUAACACGUUUUAACCUAAUAACGAAACUCCAGCUGUGUUUGUGGACUAAAAGUUUCCAUACAUUAGUCAACGAAUACCCGAGUCUUCUGAAGAGUGCCACCAUCGACAUUUACAGCACAGCCGAAACAGACAUUGUGGACAGGUACACGCGAACCCUGCUGCUAAAACAACAGCUAAACUCCCUGGACGAAAAAUGGACCCAUUUUGACAUACCGAAAUCUAUUAUUCCAGUCGCUCACAAGACGUUAAUCCUUGAAAUAAAGUGGACAGAGAUAUUCGGGCUCCUGUCCUCGGACAUAAUCGCGGGUCUUCAGCCCGUGCUGAUUCUCACGUCUGCUGGGAAACCCCAAAGACGCAGACGAGAGCUGCCCAAACAGGACUGCAGCGACGAAGACAAGGAGAGUCGCUGCUGUCGGUACCACAUGUACAUCUCGUUCAAAGAACUCUUCUGGGACGACUGGGUGAUAGCGCCGCCCGGAUAUGACGCGUAUUACUGCGCCGGAAGUUGUCCCCACAGAUACAAGAUGGCGCACACGUUCGCUGGGAUCCAGUCUCUGCUGCAUAUGAUUAAACCGUCCAGAUUGCCGGGACCAACUUGUUCACCUACGACCUUGAGUCCCCUGACCCUUCUACACCUAGACGAGCGGGGCUAUCUUAGAUAUACCAGUUUUCCAGACAUGAUAGUUGAUGGUUGCCAUUGCACGUAAUGUGAAUUUAUAAAGUUAUAUAUAAUAUAUAUGUUUCAAGUAAAGACCGUUGUAUUAUAACGAGAGAAAAGGAGGUGAUGUCUCAAAUAGUGUGGAAAUCGAAUGUCGAUGUUCAGAUUUAUGAAACUGUUAAAAAUGUGACAAAUUUUCACAAAGAACUAACUAUUGGAGUGACUAGGCAUCAUGAUGGUAAAAAGGUUCAGUAAAGUACCACAAAGAUUCGAAGGCGUCAGGCACACAUACUAUUUUUUUAACAAUAUUAAAAAAAAUUCGUUAUUAAAAAACAACUCUGGUAAUAUUUACAUAUUAGUAUUAAUGAAAUGGACUGAUAUCUUGUUUCAACAAACAGGAGAAAAUACUAAUGAAGACUUUUAGAAACAAAUUUGGCCAGCCUACAAUUGAUUAAAUCCAUGCUAUAAUUACAUAAACAGUUUUUCACGUUAUUAUUCUGUUGAGGUAUAGCCAUGUCAGUCAUCAUCAUUUCCUACAACAAGACGUACUUGUUCGCCUGUCCAUUACGUGACACACUGACCACUCUGGGCACACUGCGUAUUCAGUUUCUACUUCUAGUACAGUGAUGAUGUGAUUCAUUAGACUUUAGACGAGAGUUUGAAGAAGCAAAACAAGAUGUUGCUAUGGUUGAGUGUGGCUACCACCACUUCUCAGGUACAAAUAUCUGUUGUGUGAUCAGGAGGCUGGAGAGCUCGUGAGCAGUUUGACUGGUACCAUUGUCUUAUAACAUGUCAUGUAGGCAGAACAAAAACCAGUUUAGCAAUUGCGUGACACCAUGAACAUGCCAUUAAAUCGAAGGCUGACAAGCAGAACUGAUUAUAUCAAUCUUUUGCGAAAAUGCCACAAUUUCGUAUUUUAAAAUUAUUAUUUAAAAUUAUUUAUUUAUCUUCUUUUUUCUUUUUUUUCUUCUUUUUUUUAGUGGGGACUGGGGUUUGUGCUUGAAGUAGGAGUGAUGCAAAGCUACGAGUGGCAGUGAAAACGUUUGAAGAACUAGGUACUGAAAGCGAUGAAAGGCCAAAUGUUUUUACAUUAUUUUUCAAUAUAUUCAUCCUUCACUUCAAUACAUUUGGCCCAAUUAUCUUUCAAGCUGCUGACGUCAGCAAACUAGAACUGUUGUCUGGCUCAUCAUCAGACAUUUUUGCAGCCUUCAUACUGCCAUCAUCUUUAAACCGGGUACCAUGAAGGAAGGCAUUGAAAUUUCCGAAUAGAUAAUAAUGAUCACCAACCAACCAUAUGCUUGUUAUUUUCAAUAGCAUUUUCACCUUCCUUGGUGAGAAACCUCAUGGUCGCUCUUUGUUCCAAUCCGGUCAGGUGCCCGAUUUCAGGGGGAUAGGUUGCCGCUAAACAAUAAUAUGUAAAUAUACAAAUAGGAAUGCCGUAUAUGUUAUUAACAGGAGAGUUAUAAGAAUGAAUAAGCUUUUAGAAAAUUUGAAACAUAUGAUGGUGUACCAAACUUUAGUAUCUAAUUCUACGAAUGUUUUGACUGCCACUUUUUGUAUAAUUUGCAAGCAUAAAUAAAACUGCUAUUUUUGUUGUAGUUUUGGGGGUUUGUUUGUGUGUGUGUGUGUGUGUUUGGUUUUUGGUUUGGUUUUGUUUGUGUUUGUUUUCUAUGGUUUGUUUGUUUGUUUGUUUUUGGGUGUAAUAUUUUAAACUGUAACAGUUAAAACGUUUUUUUUCUGAGAACCAUGUCAUAAUCAGUACUGGCUGUUAGCCGUAUAUAUUAUAUUUAUAAUUACGUGUUAUAUAUAUAUUGUGGUUUACAUUAUGGAAUGAGUUUGCCAUUUGAGUAUAGUUAAAAUCUCAGAAGAAAAACUAGCGAGUAUAUAGCGAGUUCCUGUUUAAUUUAAUACAUAUUCAGAGACGUCUUAGUAAUUUAAUACUUAGAAAUAACUAUGAUAGUGCGGUACCACUAAAGUGUAUUUAUCUAUUUAUUUAUUUCCAUUGUUAUUUUAAAUUUAUUGUUUUUAUUUAAUUUCUCUUUAUUAUAAUUUGUUUUUAUGUAUAAAUAUUGUGAUUUUUAUGUGUUAUUUAUUAUUACUGUACGUUUUGGCAGGUGGCGUAACAUUGUUUUGGGUUGGGAGGUUUUGGGAGUAUAUUUGUAGGCUUCAUACAUGUGAAUCUGUAUCGAUACCUCUUCAAUGUAAAAGUGUUAUAUUUGAUUGUGAAAUGGGCCGACAUGAAAGGCAAGUUAUGAUAUUUAAAGAAUAUAUCAAAUAGAAAGGUGUAAAGUUUGAGUAAUAUAUAUAUAUAGGAGCUCUGGAAAAUUACGGGUGCUGAGUAAAUGGUAUUGCAUGACUGUAUUUGGAAGAUUUUCUUGAAUAUUUAAAUAUUUGAUGUUACUUAUUGUUUGAAUGAAACAUAUUUUAUUGCAUAUAAAACACAGAAGGAUUGGGCACACGUGUUAUUCAACGUUUUAGUGUUAUUUGUGAUCAACUUGUUAAUAAUGUACUCUUUUUUCUGUGUCGAAAUA